AUUCCUGGGCCGGGCCAAGACGACGACGAAGAUCGACUCAACCAACCCUCCUCUCCCCCUCCAGAAUGGCUUACAGAGAUGGAGAGCCGACUCGCGAUUCUCCUCACCUCAGCGGGACCCGAAUACAUGGGCAUUUACCUCAACCCUUCGUUAUCGGUGUUUCCGCGCGAGCCGGAUGUAGUGUUGCAGGCGCUGAGGGAGCUGGCGACUUAUAUUGUGAGUAAGGGGAGUUUGAGGGGAAAGAGGAGCCAAUUGGGGUUGUUAUUGGAGGUCUUGGGGAUGGAGGAUAAGGGGUCUCGUUGGAACGGUGCUGGAUUGUGAAGAGUGAGGUGAUAGUCCCGGGGGUAAUGAUGGGCUCGAGGCGACUCUGCUGCCCUGGAAAGGACAUGACGGUGUUGUGAUCUUAGGGGUUUGUCCUAUUUCGGACAGUUUCCAUGCUGUUCACUGCAAUGACGACACUGAGCUUGAG